AUGGCUCGAGGGUACAAACGUGGCAUAUUAUCGACUGACAAAACUGUACCGUACUCGGGCCGUUUGCUGGCCAAUAUUUUCUUCGUGUCGGAAGGUGACUCUAGCGUCCUGACUUCUGGUUUGAUAGACAUUUCCAGUCCACCUUGUCCACAUUCCUCUGCCAGGCCAGUCGCUUCGCCGGAAUCUUCAGCCACGAGCUACUAUUCGCCAAAGAGCCAUCCUUGUCCAUCUUUCAGCUCCUCUUUUGGUACACUUACCCAUCCGCCAUUCUCGUCUCUCCCGGCCUCAUCGUCACAACUUUUGAUCUCCACUUUCAGAGUGCCUCCAAUCGCUGGAUUCUCAAGCUGGAUGGUAGACUAG